GUGCUGUGUACUGAUAGAUCAAAGAGAGAAUAUAUGUGGUUCCAAGGCUGUGUUUGACUGUGCUGUGUACUGCGAGAUCAAAGAGAGAAUAUAUGUGGUUGUGACUCAGACCGCCCACAUCAUGGACACAGCAAGCUCCCAAUACAUCACAGCAAGCUCCCAAUACAUCACAGCAAGCUCCCCGUGCCAAGUACAUCUGUGUUCUAAGUGUCCGGGGGACACAGCGUACUAUUGUGUAUCAUGUCCAUGUGAUCUGUGUCCCCAGUGUAAAGAGAACCAUGUAAAAGAUCUCAAAACAAUAGACCAUGAUGUUGUGUCACACCGUGAUAAAAUCAGCUACAUCCCAACACAAGAGAUCUGUGUGAGACAUCCUCGCCAUGUUUAUACAAAGUACUGUGAACCUUGUCAAGUUCCCGCCUGUAAUAAUUGCCAAACACAUAGAAAACACACUCAGAUAGAUGUUACAACAGCCUAUAAAACAAAGCGACAACAACACAGAGGAACCAUUCACACCAUCAGGAGUGAGGCUCUCUUUUACAGACCUGUUCUCCUGACAGGAAUCAAAGCUGAUGUCAAAACCUGUCACACAGAAUUCUCCCCCCUUCAAUCAGAGAUGUUAACAAAGGCCCAGAAACUGAAGGAUCUCAUUGACUAUGUGGUAUAUGAUCUAUUGAACAAUGUGUUAUGUUACUUCAAACACAGAUGUAAAAAACAAAAGAUAAAAAUGAUCAGACAUAUUGUCAGACUAAGGAGAUAUGAACACAGAUAUGUACAGCCAGCAUUCACAUUCAGUGCGCUACAAUUCCUCUCCUUCACAAAGACAGCCCUCCCCCAGAUACAUCUUACACUCCACACCAGCCAGCUCUCCAUGACUGAGUCACUCAACAAGGAGGAUGUGAUGGAGUCACUGAGUGCAAUCCAAAUCACAGAGAGAGGAAACCGACGCGUAGGAAACCAGUGUCUGCUGAAACUGACGUCUGGUGCUGAGUUCCAUCAAUCUCUCACAGUGACAGGUGUUUAUUGUUGUGAUCACAUUUCCUGUGUGACAUCAGACCGGGUCUGGGUCAGUGGUAUAAACAAUCUCAUGUUGACAGACACAACAGGUGUCCCUCUACAUCGUGUGGAGGAUUCAUGUAGUUAUAUAUCUGGAUUACACACAGUGAACAGUGAGAGUGAACUGAUUUAUAUAGAUUGGAAUUCUAACAUCAACAAACUGUCAAAGGAUAUGAAAACAACCACCACAUUUAUAGAGAGAACAGACUCUACAUGGGAACCACGGUGUGUGUACUGGUCCCCGUCCACUGGGGAUCUACUGGUCGGGAUGUAUAACAGUGAUACAAAGACAGGCAAGGUAACCCGGUACAACCAGAGUGGACAACUCACACAAACCAUACAGAACGACAACACAGGACGGGGACUGUAUAGAUCACCUAACUAUAUAACAGAGAACAACAAUGGGGAUGUCGUGGUGUCUGACAUUAUAGACUUUGUGUCUGGUACUGUAGUGGUGACAGAGCGUGGAGGAAGACAUCGUUUCUCCUACACAGGACAUCCAUCAGGAUCACGACUAUGGCCAUGUGGAAUCUGUACUGACGCGCUGUCACACAUCCUGGUGUGUGAUGGUAGAACCAAAACAGUACAGAUGAUAAAUAAGGACGGUCAGUUCCUGUCACAUCUACUGACAAAAUCACAAGAGAUGGGUGUACCAUGGAGCCUGAGUUAUGAUGUCAACACUCACCGUCUCUGGGUCGGAUACAACAACAACAAGGUGUGUGUCUACAGGUAUAUCACCAGACAGGACGCUCUGACAGAUAAACACAGACCCCGUCCUGAUGAGGAGGCCAUGUCCAGCUCAACACCAGCCGUAUAAUGGAGAUAACUUGGAUAUUGACAGGUUGUAAAUGUUUCUGUACAAAUCUAGUCUGCUCUCAAAACCACACAUGUUGUUUGUCACUUUGUUCAACAUCUGCAGCUGAAAUUGAGCUGUGUAUAAUUCACAUGGACUGUAAUACUGACUCCUGUUUAUUUCACACUUUGUGAUCAUCCAAACAUGGCUGUCUGUUGCUGAGUGAGAAACAUCAUGUUAUACAAGUCUUAUUUUCUGAAUGUGGAAUAUUAUAAAACAAAUAUCCACAUGAAGUCUAUAAUGUUAAACUGAACAAUUGAACAUUGUAAAUGUUGGAUCUAUAUCAAUUCCAAAAUGUAUCUUUGUUUUGCUAAUUGUGCCAUUAUUAUACCCCAUGUAAUGGAAUUGUUAGAGAAUAAUGACUUCGACCUAUCUCAGUCAGUCCUGGAUUUUAAGCAAAACUUAUAUUCAACAGCUGCACAGAAUUUUAUCAUGUUUAAUAUGAAAUUUAUGAAACUUUUAAGGUAUUUAGGACACAACAUGUAGAUGUGCUAAUUACUAGGAAGUUCUGAUUCAUUUAUCUUUCUAGGAAUUUUAGCCCCAUUGAACUUAGAAUUUUGUCCAAAUGUUGAAUUUAGCAAUGAUUUUUUUGUAGGUAGUUAGAACACAAUGUGUUGAUUUGCACAUUUCUAGGAAAUUUUAAUUACAAUGUUUUGUCUUCAAAUUUUGAAGCAUUAGAAUUUAGUAUGUUGCUGUUUAAGACAAAUGAUGAAAUAUGUGCAUAAUUGCAGAAAGUUUUGAUCCGAUAAUGUUUUGCUAGUAAUGCCCUUUAUCAUGUUUAGCUAACUGAGCUGAAAGCUCAAGUGAGCCUUUCUGAUCACAUUUUGUCUCUUGUCUGUCCGUCUGUUUGUUUGUCUGUCCUCUGUCCGUCAACUUUUCACAUUUUCAACAUCUCCCCCAGAACUACUGGGUCAAUUUCAACCAAACUUGGCACAAAGCACCCUUGGGCAAAGAAGAUUCAAAGUUGUGAAAAUUAAGGAACGUGCCCCUUUUCAAGGGGAGAUAAUUAGGAUUUAUGUAUCCCAACCUGAGAGAAAUUCAAAGCCACCCUAUCAUCCCUUUAAUUAAGGUGGUAUGGAACAUCUGUCAAAAAUGAUGUGAAUUAAAGUACAUUACUAUUGAAAUACUUUCAUUGGUUUAGAAUUUUCUUUCACAAUAUUUUACCAUAAAAUAUGUUUUAGAAAAUUUUGGAAAAGUAAUAAAUUUUUCAAACUGGACUCGAACUCGUGACUUACAGGUCCGUAGUGAGCGCUCUAACCCACUGCACUGCGCUGUAAGGUAACAAUGAUGGGAAAGAAACUAUUUAUAAAAUUACACUUGAUUUAUUGUUUAUUUCGAUAAAUAAUAUGACACAACAUGAAGGUGUCCCAUACCACCUUACAUGUAAAUAAUGAAUUUUAAUCAAAAUUUUGAUUUAUUCUAUUCAUUUAACAAAUUUUUCAAAAGAGCGGUCCCCAUACAAUUCGCAUCAGUUGCAAUCAGCCAGUACCAGAAUUACAUGCUUCCAGAUUUACUUUUUUGUGUACUGCGUCAUCAGAAAGUGGUGUAGAAUGCCACCUUAAUGCAUACUCGGCCAUUCAUGAUGUGUAUCGUUGUCAAGUAAUGGGAGAACAUGGGGUGUUUGAGUUUGCUCACUUUUUCUUUCCUUCUUGUCCAAGUAUUUGGUAUUAAUCAUUUAAUACUAUUAUAAAUUAUUUUUUUUUAUUUCUUGCAGACAAGCUGCUUUUUAAACGCCUUCAGGGGGAGACAGUAGAAAACCUUCCAGGAUUAUCCAUAAUUCCAAUGGAGUUACAGAAGCCAAAUAAUUACCGGUCAUCAACAGACUUUGUGUUCUGUGCGUGAACUCUACAUAAACAACGUUUCAUGAAUGGACUCUGUAUCUGUGUAGGUGAACAAAAAUAACGCUUCAUCAAUGGACACUGUUGCUGUGUAUGUGAACAAAAAUAACGCGUCAUCAAUGGACACUGUUGCUGUGUAUGUGAACUCUGCACAAAAAUAACGCGUCAUCAAUGGUCUCUGCGUUCUGUGUACAUGAAAUCUGCACAAAAAUAAUGUAUCUGUCUGCCUGAACUCUACAUAUAUAACGCGCCAUCAAUGGACUCUGUAUCCGUGUGCGUGAACUCUACAUAUAUAACGCGCCAUCGAUGGACUCUGUAUCCGUGUGCGUGAACUCUACAUAUAUAACGCGCCAUCGAUGGACUCUGUAUCCGUGUGCGUGAACUCUACAUAUAUAACGCGCCAUCGAUGGACUCUGUUUCUGUAUAGGUGAACUCUACAUAUAUAACGCAUCCUCAAUAGACUCUGUGCUCUGUGUACCUAAACUCUUUAUGAAUAAGGCAUCAUCAAUGGACUCUGUCUUUUGUGUACGUGAACUGUACUGUAAUUUGUUAUCAUACGUUUUUUGUCAAUUUUAUCUAAGUGUAAAUUUUGUCAGUAUAUAAUAUGUUUUACAUAUCUAAGCUCCUGAAAUUUCUGGUAUCAUUCGGUGCUAGGACGGAGAUGUCCAUUACAAUUGUAGCCAAUGUGUCACAUAUUGUUUUUUUUGUAAUUUUGAUUUUUACACAAGAAAUCUUGUAUGUUGUAAUAAACAUUAUAUUCAAAGGGGAAUAACUCAAAAUGUGUAUUUUUCAGUCAGGAUGAAAAAACAGUUAUUCCCCUUAUAUAAUUUUCAUAAGAUGGAAGUUUUACUUAAAAAUGAGAAAUGAAUUUGAUGGUGUUUAUCCGUGACAGUUUUAUUGGUAGGAUUGAUCAUUUGGAAAGAAGUGAUCUGAUAAGCUUUUGAUAAGAAUUUGAUAAGUUUUCGUUGGGUUUUUUUAUACAAUGUUAUGUAGUUUUAAUUUCAAUAUAUUAAUAGUUGAUGUUAGUUUUUAAUUGAUUAAGUUUGAGCUGUGCCUGUGUAACAAUUGGUGCAUCAUAUAUUGCUUGUUAUGCUCAAAAGGUAGGUCACAGUGACCCAAUUAGAAUUAUGGUAGUUUAUAGUGAAACUAUUUUAGAACAUAUCUAUUUAUUUGAAAAAAUAAACUAACUUGUGUUUUAGAAAUGAUGUACCAUUAAUUAUACCAGAAGUCAUAUACUCAUGUAUAUAUCAAUUUGAAAGUAGGUCUUGAUGACCUCAAUUUGUAUUUAGCAUGUUGUUAAUCCUAUGUGUUUGUUAAUGGUGUUUAAGCACAUUUCUCACACUCUGUAUCUCUGUUGACCAGAUAGAUAGGACAACUCAAGUUAAUGUCAUUUAUUUGGAGAAAUAUUGUACGCAAGUUUAAGCGAGAUGAUUUUUUUGUGUUUACCCACACAAUAAACCUGAUGAAAUACAUUUAUAACAUAUAUAUAUAGUAUUAUGUUUAUUUUUAUUGUGUUUACUCUUACCAUGAAAAACAUAAUACUUGUAUACAAAUGAUGUUUGGGGAAAUGUAGCGAGCUGUAGAUAAAAGUCAAUAAACUUAAAGUGACAUGUC